CGCCUUCAAGGACACAGCUAGGAAGUCAAGGAAGGGGGAAGUAAAUCUAUGUUGUCACAGCAGUCGCCAAAAGUUUAAGCAUCUGCAUAGAUAGCUUGUUGGAAGUUUGCAAAUGAAUAUAUCUUCCUGAAAAAAAACACUGCAUUUCUUCGUUACAGAAGUACCUGUUGAAGAGUCAAUAUGUCGAAAAGGAAGAGUCAGAAAAUUGAUUUGACAAGUGCUCUGGAAAAUGUGGAUGCCCUUGAUGAUAUAACACUGAAAGAUGAGCAGCCAUGCAUUGAGGCAGCCAGUGAAUCCCUGCACUACUUUGCCAAUAUGGAUACCAACUUUACAGAUAGAGCUGCUUUUGUGUUUGCCCAAGCCAAGUACAUUGAGCAAGCAACUAUACAGGCAGACUUGAAUCUUUUGCUGGAGGAAGGAGAGGAGUAUGCUGUCAUGCUGUACACAUGGAGAAGUUGUUCAAGAGCCUUUCCUCAGGUGGCUAACAAUGAACAGAAGAAUCGCCUGCAGAUCUAUCAGACUACCAUAGAGAUAAUGGAGCCCUACAUCAACAAACUUAUGCGAUUUAUGUUCUUUCAGCGCAAGGCAGUAGAAACAUUUUGUGGAGAAAUGAAACGCCUUUGCCACACAGAUAAAUCUGGUACAUUUGUGUCUGAAGCAUAUCUGCUAACUCUGGGAAAGUUUAUCGACAUGUUUGCUGUUUUGGAUGAACUCAAAAACAUCAAGGCUAGUGUCUGCAAUGAUUACUCAGCCUAUAAAAGAGCUGCCCAAUGUUUACGAUCUCACAUGGAUCCAGAAACUAUUCAAGAGUCACAGAACCUUAGCAUGAACCUGGCCACCAAAAACAGCAUCCGCAAUUUGUUGAAUGAAAAAUUAGCUAAAUUGCCUGCUGGUUAUGAAGAACUCAUGUGUGACAUUGUUAACCUUUGUGUGCAAAUGUAUGAGACAGACAUGUUCCUGGAGCCCACAGAAAAAUACAUGCUAGUUAAGGUGAUGACCAUAGGUCUUAAUCUGCUAGAUGGUAAAAAUGGUGUCAACAUCUAUCGUCUGGAUGGAAAAAAGCGAAUAAACAUCAGCAAAAUUGACAAAAUUCUAAAGGAUCUAGCUUUUGUACCUCUUUAUGGGGAUAUGCAAAUUGCACCAUACCAGCAGUACAUCUGCAGUACACCAAAUUAUGAUCCUUCCAAAUGGCCAUGCUGUGAAUCCAGUGUGCCAUGCCUCCAGUCCAGCAUGCUGCUCAAUCGCUCCGAUAUUCGCAGUAACCACAUGCAGUUCAUCAGUCAGUUGGCCAGGGUCAACAAUGAGGCAAGUACAACACACCAUAAACAACCACGAACAGAUGCAGACAACAUGGAACUAACUAACCUUGCUUUGAGAGGAAUGCAACUUUUGUCUGGAUGGACACAACAAGUCUUGGAGCUGAACUCAUGGAAGCUCAUGAACCCCACAGAUCCAGGCAGGAAUAAAGAUUGUCCUGAAAAAUCAGAAGCAUAUGAGCGGGCCACUCGUUAUAAUUACAACAGUGAUGAAAAAUUUGCACUAGUUGAGGUGAUCGCAAUGAUCAAGGGUCUUCAGCUUCUAAUGGCCCGUAUGGAGAGUGUUUUUGUGGAAGCCAUUCGAAACCAUUUGUACUUCAAGUUGCAAGAGCUGGUACAACAGUUACUUCGAGAUCCUCUGCGGAAAGCCGUCAAGAAGAAAAAUGACAUUAUUGAAAGAAUUAUCAAGACUGUACGUGAUGCCUGCGCAGACUGGUUUCGUGGUGCUGAGCCAGAAGAUGAUCCAGCAUUGCGAGGUAAAAAGGACCCAGAAGGGGGCUUUCCCAUCAAACUACCAAAAAGAAAAGUUGACCCGUCUUCAACACAGCUGUAUAUGGUGAGAACAAUGCUGGAGUCAUUAACUGGGAUGAAGACGUUGCGCAAGGCCAUGGACCCACGUCAUGUCACUUUAAUUGAAGAUUUUCAUCACUGCUCUUUCUUUUGGCAGUAUCUGAUAAACUUCAACCGAUCUUUAUUCAACUGCUGUGACCUUUCUCAGCUAUGGUUUCGCGAGUUCUUUUUGGAAAUGACUAUGGGUGCUAGAAUUCAGUUCCCAAUUGAUAUGUCCAUGCCUUGGGUGCUGACUGACCAUAUUCUGGAGACCAAGGAACCUUCAAUGAUGGAGUAUAUUUUGUAUCCAUUGGACCUCUACAAUGAUAGUGCACAAUUUGCUCUUCUGAGGUUCCGGAAGCAGUACCUUUAUGAUGAAAUAGAAGCAGAGGUCAACUUGUGCUUUGAUCAGUUUGUUUACAAGCUGAGUGACCAGAUCUUUGCCUAUUAUAAGCAUCUAGCAGGAAGCAUUUUUUUGGAUAAAAUGUUCCGUGCAGAGUGCAUGAGUGCUGGAGAGAAAAUAUCCUAUCCUCCACCAAACCGCUAUGAGACUGUUCUCAAGCAGAGACAUGUACAGUUGCUGGGCCGUUCCAUUGAUCUGAACCGACUCAUCUCACAACAGAUAAAUGCUGCAAUGCAGAAUGUUCUUGACAUUGCCAUAUCACGCUUUGAGACAGGAGAUCUGACUGGAGUUAUGGAGCUGGAUGGACUUUUGGAAUGCAAUCGCCUAGCACACCAGAUGAUGGGAAAAUAUCUGGCACUGAAUGAUUUUGAUGCCAUGCUGCGAGAAGCCAACCAUAGUGUGUCAGCCCCAUAUGGUCGCAUCACUCUCCACAUCUUCUGGGAGUUAAACUAUGACCUUCUUCCUAACUACUGCUACAAUGCAGCUACCAACAGGUUUGUCAAAUGCCCUUCAAUAUUUGAGAAAAAGCUUAAACGAGACAAGGCACCAAAUACAUCACCCUCCAAUAUUUGGGGAAGCAAGCGGCUGAAUGCUUCAUUCAGCACUGUCUUCAGUUUGUACAGUGGCUUUCUUGGCUUUCCUCAUUUUCGUGUUAUGGUUCAUAUGCUUGGCUAUCAGGGUAUUGCUGUUGUCAUUGAAGAAUUGUUGAAGAGCACACAGUCUUUUGUGAGUGGCGAGUUGCUGCCUUACAUGAAGCUUCUCAUGAAAGCCAUGCCAGAAAAGUGCAAGAUGCAAAGCUAUGAAUAUGGGUCCCCAGGUAUCUUACAGUAUUACCUUGCUAUGCUGCAAGAUUUCACACAGUAUGCAGAACUUAAAUCUGAGGUUUUUCAAGGUUUCAAGGAAGUAGGCAACACUAUGAUUGUCUGUCUUCUCAUUGAACAAGUUCUGAAUCAAGAGGAAGGUGUGGAUCUCUUCCAAUCUGGUCCUUUCCAAAACAUCAUUCCUAAACCUUUUGUUGCACAGUCCAAAGAGACUACAACACAAUCCAAGGAGAAAAAGGGUGAAGAUAGCCAUGCUUCAUCAGUGUUUUUGGAGUCACUGACAGAGUCCAAGGAAUAUGAAAAAGAUGUGAAAUUAGCUAUGGCUAAGCUGGAGAAAAAGUACUCCGCUCUUCAUAUAGUGCCAAUGGUGAAGAAGUAUGGAACCACAAAGCAAGCAGAUGUUGUUGCACAAGGCGACCUCUUGACACGUGAAAGGUUGUGCUGUGGACUGUCUACAUUCAAAGUUGUUCUGAAGCGACUAAAGGGAUUUCUGGUCGACCCCAUCUGGCAGGGACCACCAACUGCAGCAGGAACCAUUCAUGUGGAUGAAUGUGUUGAAUUUCACCGUUUGUGGAGUGCAAUCAAUUUUGUCAUCUGCCUCCCUGUUGGCGAGCAUGAAUUUACCAUUGAGCAGAUGUUUGGAGAGGGCCUGAACUGGGCAGGAUGCAUUUUUAUUGCUGUUCUUGGGCAACAACGACGCUUUGAGGCUCUUGACUUCACCUACCACCUACUGCAGGUCAACCGGCUGGAUAUGAAAACCAUCAAAGAUGAUAAUGUCAAAGGAAUUAGCUUAAAGAAAAUGACAGAACGAAUCCGCAAGUUCCAGAUUCUCAACACUCAGCUCUUCUCUAUGCUUAGUAGUUAUCUUCAGAAAGAAGAUGAAGCCACAACCUCACUGCAAAAUGUCUGCUGCUAUACUCCUCCCAUGCAUCCAUCUGUUGCUACUUCAGUUUAGAAGAGUGUUCCUUCACCUGCCUGAGAAUCUGUCACAAGCUUAUCCAUUGUAGUAUUAUCAGGGCAUUAUUUUACUCCACUGCUAUAGCCAUCAGUAGCUGCUUUAUUACUAUGGAGAAUGGAGAGUCAGUCAUUCAUUACUGUCUUAGUAUGCUGCUGCGUAGUUAUGUCAACUUAAAGACAGGUUUUGCACAAUAUAAUGAGUGCUUGGGUAUCAUCACUGUAUCAGAUAUAAAAGAGUGAAUGGCCAGGUCAUGUGCCCAUGUGUGUGUGUGAGAGAGAAAGAGAGUGGGUGGGAGGGAAGAUAAAGGGGUGUGUGUGGCUUUUGUGUUUUAUGUGAACAAAAAUAGAAUGCAUUUUUGUUUCCAAAUUUUUGUGUACAUAUGUGUGUGUGAAUAUUUUUGUAUGCUUUCAUUUUUAUGAAUAAAUCUUUAUUAUUCAUUGUUAUGAUCAGAGCACUGAGAAAUUCAGUAGAAUACUGGACAAACUGACAUGGAAAUGGGCAUGGAGAUGCUGCAGUUUACCUUGUUACUGGAGGUUCUGUGCCUUAAAAGUCCACAACAUACAGCUAAAAUAUGAAAGAACUUAUAAGUCAGCCAAAUAAAUUACCUUUAUAAAGACUUAUAAAAAAGGACAGUACUAAAUUUUUGUGAUGUAAUUUGAGAUUAUUUUAUGCAUUCCCCUAUUUUGUAGGUUAACUGUCAGCUAUAUAAAGCUUAUUGACACUCAGUGCUACUCAGCAUCAUGGUUUUAAUGUACAUUGUGCAUGGUGGCAGUAUAAAGACAAUUCUGAUCAUUCCCUAAUUGCUUCACAGAUAACUACAAGAUUGAUUGUUUGCUGAGUAUUUCCUGUUUGAACAAAAAUGGUUUACUUUUUUUUUUCCAUACUAAACCAGCAGUAAAGAAGGAUAAGUUCAGAAUGGAUUGUGAUACUAUGAUUUAUCAAGAGACUAAGAUUUUAAAAUAUACAAAGAGAUGAAAUAUCAACACAGAUUACUGUAUAGAAUUUCUUGAAACAAACUGACUGGUGUGAAAAUUGUUUUCAGGUAUGUUUUGUUCAACAUAUUAUUGAAAGUUUCUAUUUAUAGUGUAUUUAUAGUUUAUCUCCUAAACAGUGUGUCACACAACUAUACUUUUACCAUUUAUUUAUGAUUGCUUUUUUUACUACCUUAUUUUCAGAAGAAUAGCAUUUAUUCUAUAGUUCUCCACGGUUACUGGAAUCAUCAAAACUGGAGUCAUUCCACUUUUUACUUACUGAUGCCUCCCACAUUCCACAUAAAAUGGAAAAUCUGCAAGAACAUGCCUUACUUGUAAAUCUUGUUACUGUAUGAAUUCAUUCUCAGAGAGAAAUAUUUAUAUAUUUUUAGACUGUGUAUCUUAGCAUUUGAACAACAGUUUUCCAGCCUGUUACCUGUAAAUAUAUAUAUAUCAGUUGUAUAAAAAUAUAUGAUUACAUAUUCACUGUUUAGAAAUGAGUCUUAUGAAGUUAUUUUUUUCAGUUUUAAUUACAAGGAAAUGUUUUCUUGAAUAAUCAAAUUGUCUUGUGGGUUUAGAUUACGUUGUUAACUUUUGAAAUGACUGGGAACAAAGGAUUAAGAAAUAACACAUGUGUGAGCAUAAAGUAUCAUGUUGACACUUUCAUUUAUCCUUUGAUGGAACCUAAUUUAUUCUAUGUCUCGCUUUUAUAAAUAUAUUGUGCUAAUACACCAAACACCAUACCACCCAUUCUCUUCAUCUGUAUCCUUUCAGAUUUGGAGGAUUUCUAUCUUUCAUUUGAUUGAGUGGUAACGGUCAUUUUAGGCAUGCUGUAGGGUUUCUUUGAUUUUUAUGUGUCAUUUUGAUUACAGACACAUUAAAUUACUCUUUAAAAUUAAAACUUGGUUAUUUUAAGUUUUUCUUAAACCUAGGUUCCUCUCAGGACUGAUAUUACAAACUGAACUUUUUAGACUUUUUUUAUUGCUGUUGUUUGCUUUCAUAUUACUCUUCUAGCAGAUGCUAAGUAUUACUGCUUUGAAGGAUUAUGAGAGAGCCCCAUUUUGUGCACCUUGGCUUUACCAAGUAUUAUUAGUUAGAGAAAUUAAUUUGUGAUCUUUAGAUCACCAAUGUUCUUAUUACUUUCCAGAGUGUGCCCAUGGAGGAAGUAGUAUCUUUGGCAGCUUACUGUUGAACAUUAUUUGUUAUUAACAAUAUAUAAUAUCCUCUUAAUAUUGGAAAAACUUGGCAGCUUCAGGUUAUGGCUCACUUAAAUGAACUGCCAUAAAAUUUCUCAGUUCCCUCAAUUCUAUAUAAAAAAUAUAAAGAGAUUAAAAAGUAAAGAGUUAUUAAAGUGCUUACACUGCACAUGUAAUUAUGGUACUACUAUUAUUGCUCAUAGCUUAAUAAUAUUACAAUGGCUCAGUGUUUUUAAAAUUUGUGAGCAUUAUUUUAUCAUUUUGAUUGUUGUGCAAGUUUUAGCAUGAAUUUCAUAAUUGUGCCUUAAAGCAGUUGGCUGGACCUCAGAUGAGUCUGUGGUUUAUUCUAAAACUUAUAGUCUGUGAUGAAACAUUUUGAAAAUGUUUUAGGAUUUUUGCAUUUCGUUUUGCUGUUGAUAAUGGCAGUGUUUGUGGAAAAACUAACAAUGAUGAGAAAGGCGAAGGAGAAAUAUUUCCCUUAUCUGCAUAACUGAUGACAUUUACUGUUUGCCUUGAGAGCUUCAGCAAGUUUAAAUUAAUUUUCUCUGCAGGAGAUCAUGUUAACAGUUCUCUGUGAUGUAGCUGUGUAACUAUUUGACCCGUUUGUAAAAAAGUAGCUGAUAUAAUAUAGUGAUGCUGGAAGUUUGUACGGUAGCUUGUAAGUUUGCAUGUGUGAAAAAGAUUUAUAAUUGUAGAAUUGUUGAUUUCAUAUUCAGAAUGUUGCUUAGUAAACUAGUAUCAUUACCUUCUUCGUUUUGAUAGCUAUUUUCAUGAAAACAAGGAACAAGAUAUUCAUGCCAGCAAUACUUUUGAUAUAUUUUUAUUCUUAUUGCUAAAUAAGCAUAAUUACAGGUGUCUUUGUAAGGAUUGUGUCGAUUUCCAUAAAUUUUUAUAGUAAUGAUAUUUUUAGCUCUGACUCCAUGACUAAGUACAUUUUUAAGGUUUUGUUGAAAGCCAGAUUUAUAAGACAUAAUAAGAUAGCAUGACAAUAGUAUUGCAUGUGUCUAGCUCAGCCCAACUUAAAGGGGAAAUUUAGUUUUUCUUUAAGUCGUAAAAAUACAUGAGAGUUUGCAUAUAAGUGUAUAAAUGACUUUCUAUGCAUUAGUGGUCUACUUGCAUCCUUUGCUAGCACUGUACUCAUAGAGCAGUUUAUUACCUUGUUUCUCCAUUCCAUAAACGAGAUGUUUUCAGUAUAUACUACAAUGUGCAAAAAAUGUUACUACUAUCACUGCAGCAGAAAUAAAGUAUCUUGAUUAUUA